AGGUGUAGCGAGCGCUGUGUCAGUUUCUUGCAGUGUAUCAGUUUUGUUGCGGCUCCCGGGGUCGACAUGCAACACUUUGGGGGCAACUUUUGGGGGGAGAAGAACAAUGGCUUUGACGUCCUCUACCACAACAUGAAACACGGGCAGGUCUCGGUCAAAGAGUUGGCGGACUUCAUCAGGGAAAGAGCGCUGAUUGAGGAAUCCUACUCCAAGUCCAUGGCCAAGCUGUCUAAGAUGGUGAGCACUAACGGAACGCUGGGGACCUUUGCUCCGAUGUGGGAGGUGUUUCGUAUUUCGGUCGACAAGUUAGCGCUGUGUCACCUGGAGCUGGUGCGGAAACUGCACGAUCUGAUCAAGGAGAUGAGCCGAUUCAACGAGGAGCAGGCCAAAGUGCACAGGAAGACAAAGGAGGAGGUCUCGGGAACAUUGGAAGCGGUCCAGAAUAUGCAGUCCAGUGUCCAGCUGCUGCAGAAAUGCAAGGACAAUUAUCACAGCAAGUGGUUGGAAUGGGACAGGCUGAAAAAGGACAGAGCUACACAGAAAGAAGUUGAUAAGGCAGAACUCAAAUCGAAGAAAGCUGCCAAGUCGUACAAGUCGAGCAUGGAGAAAUAUCACUGCACGCGCUCCGAUUACCAGCAGAAGAUGGCAGAGGCUGCCCAGAAGUUCCAGCGGAUCGAGGAGAACCACCUGCGCCACAUGAAGGUGUUAAUCAAAUCCUACUCCAACUCCAUCGAGGACACACAUGUGCAGUUGGGUCAGGUCCACGAGGAGUUCAAGCAGAACGCGGAGAAUAUCCGAGUGCAAGACCUGAUCCAGAAAUAUGCCCUGACCAAGGGCACCGGCAAAGACAAGCCAGGGCCAAUUGAAUUUGAGGAGUGUAACACAGAGGUGGUGCUGGAAGCGUCAAAGAAGAGCAAGAGGAAAUCCUUUGUGAUCCCGGGCCUCAGCAAGAGGGAGAAGGACACGGACUCCACGGGCUCUCCGGAUCCUGACUCCAUUAAUUCCCCAGAGGUCGAUGAAGAAGGUUACACGAUCAGACCUGAUGUGGCCCAGAGUUAUAUCCUUGCAUCUUGCCAUUCUGGGAGAGGGCGUCUGGGAGAGGGCGUCUGGGAGCGGGCGUCUGGUGACCUGGGUGCACAUGAGAAGGGUCAUCGCCCCUGCUGCUCCAGCGACUCGGACACCGACUCGGAUGAGCCCCGCAGGUUCCACGUGGAGAUCAAACCAGCGACGGUCAAAGACCGCAACGGAGACCACGAGACCUCCGUGGAGCUGCUGAAGGCAUCGAUCGGGAACAUUGUCCUCUCCUCCAACCCGAUGAUUCUGACCAAAAAGAAUUCUACCAAACACACCAUCCAGUUGGCUCCACUAUCAGUGGAUGGAAACUCCGAAGGAACUCAUGCCAGAGUUGCAGAUGUGGAGAUGACAGCCUACCAGUUCAGCGCUCCAAGCUCCGAGCUCAACAGCAGGCCCGCCAUCUCCCAGAACGGCAUCAGCUUUCUGGACCCACUGUUCGGGGCAUCAGCAGAAGCCAUGUUCGACAAGUUCAAUCUCCCAGUCCUCGGCCUGGACUCCCCGUCGCUGCCGACCACCGAGGGCUCGUCUCCGUCCCCCGAGUCCAGGCCGUGGACGCCUCAGCCCGUCACGCCACCCGUCUCGCUGUCCCUCAGCAGAAGCUUCACCCCGUCCUUCGACGAGGCUCUCCCUCACGCCGCCUGCGGCCGGCGGUCUGCUGACGGUUUCACCACCGCUGACCCUCAGCUGGGCCCGGAGAGGAGCUGCAACCCAGCGUCCGACAGGCACCGGGCAGCGGCAGAACCUCGUGCGACGGUUGAACUCCCCACGCUCAGCCUCCAGGCACUGGCUGCCACCAUCGCUCCAACCGCUACAGGCCCCACGAAUGUUCAAGCUGACGCCUCUGUUGGAAAAGCAACUGUGGUGGCACUUCCUCGCCGACACUCAAGAAAGAAACUUCUUCCCCUUCAGCUGGAGAGCGCAGAUGUGUCCAGGUCCGUCAGCCCCACGGCCACUACACCGCAAAGUCCGUCUGCAGCCGCCUCCAGUUUGGCCGAUGAAGCGGCUACAACACAGACCUCACGGAGUCGGGCCACUACUCCUGCCGCAAGCAUCUCCCGAGGACCCAGCCCCGUGACGUUUGGUUGCCAUGAAGCCCUGCCUGUCGCAGCUGCCUUUACAGAAUGUAUCGAUGCAUAUUUCAAAGGAGGAGACUUCACCAAUGUCAUCGUGAAGUUGACGGGGGAUGUCACCAUGUCCUUCCCGGCGGGAAUAGUACGGAUCUUCAGCGGGAACCCGUCCCCCGCCGUGGUCAGCUUCAGGCUUCUGAACGCCAACCGCAUCAGCCACUUCCUGCCCCACUCCCAGCUACUGUACAGUGAUCUGUCACAGAGUGACUCCUACGUGAAAGAUUUCUGGUUGAACAUGCCCGCUCUAACGGCGCAGCUACAGAAGCAGGCGGCGGAGAACCCCAACGCUUCCUACUUCAACAUUAGUCUCCUCAAAUACCAGGUGUCUGCGGCCGACUGCCCAGCCGCCCCGCUGAGGGUCGCCGCUCGCUGGAAGUGCGAGACUGCCCGCACGGAGGUGGCGAUGGACUACCACUACGCUGGCGAGAGCGCCUCCAUGGUGCUCCACAACCUCCACGCCCUGCUGCCCCUGGAGGGAGCCGUCCGCAACAUCCACUCACACCCUCCCGCUGCCUGGAACUCCAAACAGAAGAGGCUGCGAUGGAAGCUUCCGGAUAUCAGCGCCCUGUCCGAAACUGAAGGGAAAGGCGCGCUCUGUGCCAGCUGGGAGGUCUCCGAUGGCCCGAACAAGCCCUUGCCCCUGGCACUGCAGUUCACCAGUGAGGGCAGCACCAUGUCGGGUGCUGAUGUCCGCCUUGUCGGCACUGGAUACAGACUCUCGCUGGUGAAGAAGAAAUUAGUUACAGGCAAAUACUUUGCGGGCUGCUAGAGUGCGGAGUUCUUCACUGGUCGAGGUCCCGUGUGCUCAUUCACCGUGUGUGUCCGUCUGGGAGUGGUGUGCCAGGUCUUUUUGGAGAGAUUCUACAGUUCCCGGUGUCCAGGGAUUCCAGCCGUCAGCCAGCGGACUCCGUUACCUCACACUCCCGAGUCCAUUCCUGGAAGCUGCUGAACAAAGUUUCAGUCAUCGUUCUUUUUCCCCCCUUCUCGCCCACCCUCGAGGGUUAUCCAGUCUCUCACCUUGUCGCCCGCCCAACCCUUCUCCAGACCGCCUGUAAACCCCACACCGCAGAACCCAGGAAGGCUCAGAUUCACGGCCUGAACGUAACCUUCAACCUCUCCCCCCCUACCCCCCCCCGCUGCUCCCGUCCUCUCCUCCCCUCUCGGCUACC